AAAUAUUUAUUGGAAAGAACCUUUUGGAAUGCUUAUUCAACCAAAAAUGUUAACUGAAUUUUAUGUUCUUGAAGUAGAAGAAAUUGAAGAUUCUGAUCAAUUAAUUCCUUUAGGGCAUAUUUCGAAAAGACAUAAAUUGGCUGAUGUUUGGGUUGUUAAAAGUGAUCAAGUUGGACAAUCAAAUGCUAAUUCUAUUUGUUGUAGAACACAUUUGGGACAUUUACUUAAUCCUGGAGAUUCUGUUAUGGGUUAUAAUAUUUGGCAAAGUAAUUUAAAUGACCGGAUUUUUGAUUUAGUAAAAGAAGAAAAGGUGCCUGAUGUGGUUUUGGUUAGAAAAGUUUAUGACAGAACAAGAAGAGCACGUAAACGUCAAUGGAAAUUAAAAAGAAUUUUGGAUAAUGUUGAGUCUGAAAGUGUUGAGAGGGAAUUUGCUGAAUUUAUGGAAGACGUAGAGGAGGAUGCCAAACUUCGAGAAAAAAUAAAUAUUUAUAAAAAAUCAAGAAAAGGAGGACAACCAUCAAUUUCAACAAUGGACGAUGGUGAAAAUGAUGAAAUUGAUGGGCCAACAUUGGAAGAAAUGUUGGAAGAUUUAGAUAUUGAUGGGGAUGGAAACAAUGAUAUCGAUAUGGAUAAUAAAUAAAUUAAAUUGUAAUAUUAUUUUGUUGAAUUUUUUAUAAAGAAUUUAAAGAGAAUAAAAAAAUUUUUAAAAAUAUUUGUAUUAUUUUUUGUUGUUAUUUUCAAUUAAUUAUUUUUUAAUAUUUAUUUUUUGUCAGUAUAUUUAAUAUUUUUAGUUUUUUUAAUUAAAAAUGGAUUUGGAUAUUGAUACAGAAAAACUUCAAAAAUUAACUCCAGAGGAGAGAGACAAGUACAUUACGUCAACAAGCUAUUUUGCUUAAUCUUCAAAAUCUGGUUUCGGAAGUUGCUGAUAAAUGUACUCGUAAAUGCAUUACGGCGCCUGGAACUAGUUUAAGUAAUGGGGAAAAACAAUGUCUCCAACGUUGUAUGGACCGAUUUAUUGAAAGCCACAAUUUGGUUUCAAAGACUUGGUUGAAUGUGCAAUCAUCACGUUCAAGUGGUGCAGGAAUGAUGUUUAAUUCAGAAUCGCCUUCAUU